CUUGUUGAGCUCCCGGCGCGUGGGGACCGCUCCGCGUCGGGGGUCUCGCGGUGGUCGCUUUCAACGUCCUGCGCUUGGGCAUUUCGCAAAGCACCUUGGUGCUGGUCCACUUUGUCUCGUCUCGCCGCUGUCAGUGAUCAGUCAGCCGUCGGUGCAGGAGGACGUGUCGCAUGACUCCGAUGACAGUUGCACGCGCGAAGUUGGGAUCGUCGCGCGAUUAGAACCUUUUAGUGCGAUCUUGCGCAAGCGCCGCCGCCGCCGCGCCGCCACCUCCGCCGCCGCCGCUGAGAGCUGGAAAGUGUUGUGCUUGUGGGUUACGUGAGAGCUAAGGGCCCGGGUACAUUGAAAGCGUAAACAAUUCUGAGCACAAGAUACACCUUUCAAAAUGGGGAGAGAAGAAAAGAAAGGAACCAUUGUUCUGGAAAACUUCAACUCCACGGCGAAUCUAACGGCGAACCCCGGCUUCCAGUCGUCGCUGAGCCUCGGCCCCGGGGUCGCGCCGGAGAAGGCCUACGACCCCUUCCAGCAUCGCCAGGUGGAGCACCCCAACUCGACGCUAGGGUCGCUGGCGCACCUGCUGAAGUCAUCCCUCGGGUCGGGCAUCCUCGCCAUGCCGGCGGCCUUCAGGAACGCGGGGCUGGCGGCCGGCGCGCUGGGCACGCUGCUGCUCGGCUUCAUCUGCACGCACUGCGUCUAUGUGCUGGUGAAGACGUCCCAGGAGGUGUGCGUGGAGGCGCGCGCGCCGUCGAUGGGGUUCGCGGAGACGUGCGGCGCCGCCUUCCAGUUCGGGCCAAGGCGCCUGCGCCCCUGGGCCGGCUUCGUCAGGACCUUCAUUGACUACGCGCUGACGUGCACGUACCUCGCCGCACUGUGCGUCUACGUCGUGUUCAUCGCUGAAAAUUUCAAAGAGGUGUUAGACGAGUACAUCCCCGAGUACAAGCUGACGGUGGAGGUGUACUGCGCGCUCACCCUCGUGCCUCUAGUGCUGAUCUGCCAGAUCCGCAACCUCAAGUACCUGGUGCCGUUCUCGGCGGCCGCCAACGCGCUGCUGGUGGUCUGCUUCGCCAUCACCAUGUACUACCUGUUCACGGACCUGCCCAGCCCCGCCGACCGGGAGAUGGUGGCCAGCGUGACGCAGUGGCCGCUGUUUAUUAGCACGGUGAUCUUCGCGAUGGAGGGCAUCGGCGUGGUGAUGCCGGUGGAGAACGAGAUGGCCAAGCCGCAGCACUUCCUGGGCUGCCCCGGCGUGCUCAACGUGGCCAUGACCAUCGUGAUCUCGCUGUACGGGCUGGUCGGGUUCUUCGGCUACAUCAAGUACGGCGACGACGUGCGCGGCAGCGUCACGCUCAACCUGCCGCAGGACGAGAUUCCCGCACAAGCCGCUAAGAUCCUGAUGGCGGUGGCGAUCCUCUUCACGUACACGCUGCAGUUCUACGUGCCCAUGGAGAUGAUCUGGAGGCAGCUCGGAGACAAGGUCUCCGCGCGGUACCACAACAUCACGCAGGUCUCCAUCCGGACCGCGGCCGUCGUUGGCUCAGUGGCGCUGGCGGCGGCGUUCCCUGACCUGGAGCUGUUCAUCAGCCUGUGCGGCGCCAUCUUCCUGUCCACGCUGGGGCUGCUGACGCCGGCCGUGGUGGACUCCGUGCACCGCUGGGAGCGCGGGCUCGGCCGCUUCCACUGGAUCCUGUGGAAGAACAUCUUGGUUGGCGUGCUGUCGCUGACCGCGCUGUUCGCCGGCUCCUACGUGUCUAUCAGGGGCAUCGUGGACCGGUUCGGCGAACCCGCGCUGGCGGAGCUCAGCGGCAAUAGCACUGGCAGCUUGUGAUGGAAAAGUGGUCCUGUGGAAUUGAAUUUGGAACGAUGCGCGCGGGUUUGAAAAAAAUUGUUUGGGCAGCGCCGUUUACACACUUACUUACUUUACUUACUUUAAUAGAAUACUUACUUUUUGUAUUUUUUAAAAUUAUAUUCUCGGUCAAAAAACAUGGUAGGAUAGGUACUAGUUUUAUUUAGAACUGUACAAAUUAUCUGUGAUUACAAUUAUGUUCUGAUUACGGGCGUGAUUUCUAUAUGCUGGUAGUACAUAACAGAGUUGUAGAUAAUAACAUGUUGCAUCGUAAUAAUAAUGCA